GCGGCGGCGAAGGAGGAGGAGGAGGAGGAGCAGCGGCGCGCCGAGGCGGCGGCGGCGGCGGAGCGGGAGCCGAGCGGCAGCCGGCGGCCGCGGGAGGCGCGGGGAGCGCGGGGGCGGCCCGGAGCGCCGGGGUCCCCGCGCCCCGCUCGCCCGCCGCGCUCCGAAGAUGGUGGCGGCGCCGUGCGCCCGGAGGCUGGCCCGGCGCUCGCGCUCGGCGCUGCUCGCGGCGCUCACCGUGCUGCUGCUGCAGACGCUGGUCGUGUGGAAUUUCAGCAGCCUGGACUCCGGGGCCGGCGAGCGCCGCGGGGGCGCGGCGGCCGGAGGCGCGGAGCAGCCGCCCCCAGCCCCGGCCCCGCGCCGCGAGCGCCGCGACCUGCCCGCCGAGCCGGCCGCAGCCCGAGGAGGCGGCGGCGGAGGACGGGGGCCCCCGGCGCGCGCGCGGGGAGGCGGCCCCGGAGAGCCCCGGGCGCAGCGGCCGGCCAGCCGGGGGGCACUGCCCGCGCGGGCGCUGGACCCACACCCAAGUCCGCUAAUCACCCUGGAGACCCAGGAUGGCUACUUCUCUCACCGGCCAAAAGAGAAAGUACGAACAGACAGCAACAAUGAGAACUCGGUCCCCAAAGAUUUUGAGAAUGUGGACAACAGCAACUUCGCACCCAGGACUCAAAAGCAGAAGCGCCAGCCUGAGUUGGCGAAGAAGCCCCCGAGCCGACAGAAGGAGCUUUUGAAACAGAAGCUGAAGCAGGAGAAGGGGAAGGGAGUCACGUUCCCGGGGAAAGGUGCCAACGAGGCGCCGCCUCCCGGGGAGAGAGCAGCAGUGAACAGCAGCCGUGGGAAGGAUGCCCCCAGACAGCCCCACGCCAGGAAGAGCGGGGGCAGCUCCCCCGAGGUCAAGUAUGACCAGCCCCCCAAGUGUGACAUCUCGGGCAAGGAGGCCAUCUCCGCCUUGUCCCGCUCCAAGUCCAAGCACUGCCGCCAGGAGAUUGGGGAGACCUACUGUCGCCACAAGCUCGGGCUGCUGAUGCCCGAGAAGGUGACUCGGCUCUGCCCCCUCGAAGGCAAAGCCAACAAGAACGUUCAGUGGGACGAGGAUUCGGUGGAGUAUAUGCUGGCCAACCCGGUGAGGAUCGCCUUCGUCCUGGUGGUCCACGGCCGCGCCUCUCGGCAGCUGCAGCGCAUGUUCAAGGCCGUCUACCACAAAGACCACUUCUUCUACAUCCAUGUGGACAAGCGCUCUAAUUACCUGCAUCGGCAAGUGCUCCAGUUCGCCAGGCAGUACAGCAAUGUCCGUGUCACCCCCUGGCGGAUGGCCACCAUCUGGGGGGGAGCCAGCCUGCUGUCCACGUACCUGCAGAGCAUGCGGGACCUCCUGGAGAUGACCGACUGGCCCUGGGACUUCUUCAUCAACCUCAGCGCAGCCGACUACCCCAUCAGGACAAAUGACCAGCUGGUGGCAUUUCUCUCCCGAUACCGAGAUAUGAACUUCUUGAAGUCACACGGCCGGGACAAUGCAAGGUUCAUCCGGAAACAGGGCCUGGACCGGCUCUUCCUGGAGUGCGACGCCCACAUGUGGCGCCUGGGGGACCGGCGGAUCCCAGAGGGCAUUGCCGUGGAUGGUGGCUCUGAUUGGUUCCUGCUGAACCGGAAGUUUGUGGAGUAUGUGACGUUCUCCACAGAUGAUCUGGUGACCAAAAUGAAGCAAUUCUACUCCUACACCUUGCUUCCUGCCGAGUCCUUCUUCCACACGGUGCUGGAGAACAGCCCCCACUGCGACACCAUGGUGGACAACAACCUGCGCAUCACCAACUGGAACCGUAAGCUGGGCUGCAAGUGCCAGUACAAGCACAUCGUGGACUGGUGCGGCUGCUCCCCCAACGACUUCAAGCCGCAGGACUUCCACCGCUUCCAGCAGACAGCCCGGCCCACCUUCUUCGCCCGCAAGUUCGAAGCGGUGGUGAAUCAGGAAAUCAUCGGGCAGCUGGACUAUUACCUGUACGGGAACUACCCUGCAGGGACCCCGGGCCUGCGCUCCUACUGGGAGAAUGUGUACGACGAGCCGGACGGCGUCCACAGCCUGAGCGACGUAGCGCUCACCUUGUACCACUCCUUCGCCCGCCUGGGCCUCCGGCGGGCCGAGCGGUCGCUGCACUCCGAAGGGGACCACAGCUGCCGGUACUACCCAAUGGGCCACCCAGCAUCUGUCCAUCUCUACUUCCUUGCUGACCGCUUCCAGGGCUUUCUGGUCAAGCAUCACGCUACCAACCUGGCUGUGAGCAAACUUGAGACCCUGGAGACGUGGGUGAUGCCGAAGAAAGUCUUCAAGAUCGCAAGCCCACCCAGCGACUUCGGGAGGCUUCAGUUUUCCGAGGUCGGCACUGACUGGGAUGCCAAGGAACGGCUCUUCCGCAACUUUGGGGGUCUCCUGGGGCCCAUGGACGAGCCGGUAGGCAUGCAGAAGUGGGGGAAGGGCCCCAACGUGACCGUGACCGUCGUCUGGGUGGAUCCCAUCAACGUCAUCGCAGCCACCUAUGACAUCCUGAUUGAGUCCACUGCCGAAUUCACCCACUACAAGCCCCCUCUGAACUUGCCCCUGAGGCCUGGGGUCUGGACGGUGAAAAUUCUCCACCACUGGGUGCCGGUUGCAGAGACCAAAUUCCUCGUCGCACCUCUGACCUUCUCAAAUAGGCAGCCCAUCAAAGCGGAGGAGGCGUUGAAGCUACACAACGGGCCCCUCCGCAGCGCCUACAUGGAGCAGAGCUUCCAGAGCCUGAACCCCGUCCUCAGUCUGCCCAUCAGCCCCACCCAGGUGGAGCAGGCUCGGAGGAACGCGGCCUCCUCCGGCGCCGUGCUGGAGCGCUGGCUGGACUCGCUGGUGGGCGGGAUGUGGACCGCCAUGGACGUCUGUGCCACAGGCCCCACUGCCUGCCCGGUCAUGCAGACCUGUAGCCAGACGGCCUGGAGCUCCUUCAGCCCCGACCCCAAAUCGGAGCUGGGGGCGGUCAAACCAGAUGGCCGGCUCAGGUAGCACUGGGCACGUGUGAGCCACAGUGGAUCUCAAAGGGAAAGCAGCCAGAGGGCCGCUGGGGCCUGGACCCUGGCCUCCCACCCCGGGGGUGCCUUUUGUGAGAGGGGCUCUCCUGGCCGUAGAAUGAUGGAGAAGGAAGAUUUGGAGGCCAAAGCAGGGUCUGCCGAUGACCUGCCUUUGGCAAGCUGGGCACUGGGGGCGGGGAUGGCUCAGUCCCAGCGCAGUGGUGGUCUUACCUCUUCCUGUUGAUCCUCAAGUCCUACAGGUUCCUUGUCUCCCCCCUCCAGUGACCCAACCCCGCAGACAAGUGAUUCUCAAACUUUUAUUUUGAGCAGGAGAACUUUGUUUGCUAAGCGCAGUCGUAGAUGAAGUUCAAGGUGUGGGUGAAAUCCAGGCUGCUCUGCUUAAAGCUGGGGAGUGUGAGGUCUUUCUCUAAGCUCAGCCCACCGGGUGGUCCCUUGGCCAAGGGCAUCUCCUAAGGUACCUCUUCAGAACCCAGGGGCUCUGUAAAACCCAGUUUGAAAAGCACUGCCCAGGCGGUACGUUGUCUCCUGCCCCACCCUCCGGCUCAUCUUCCUGCUCCUCUGGGCCAGGAAACCCUUGUGCCAGCCCUGAAACGAGAGGCCACUGAUGGUCACGCCCAUGGGCCCCCCACCUCCAGGGAGGCAGUGGGCUCACGAGGGCUCCGAGCCUCCCACCAGCCCUUCUCGGGUUGAGCCAUCCUCCUUAGUAACUAGAUGAGCAGGAAAGCCUUUUGAUGUGACAUGGCCAAGGUCCACCCAAAAUGUGACUGCCUGAUGUCCUGGGUUCCAGGCCACCCUCCCUUAAGGCAGGGUGAUGCUUAUGAGCAUGAGUGUCCAGUCUCGCAGCCAUUCACGGGCUAGGAGACGAAGACCAUGACCACGUUGACAAUAGGAACUUGGGAGACCAUGGCCGUGAAACUCACAGAGAACGUUUGGAGCAAAACUCCUGAGCUGGACCACACAGCAAUACCCGUCGCCUGCCUGAGCCCUUCUGUUCAGAGGUCGGGCCCUCCAGGCCUUUGUGAAUUGCGCUCUCGGUGCUGUUGGGAGUGACCAAACCACAGGGACCAGACUUUUCACAUCCAGGAAGAAGCAUUUCAGAUUUGGUUUUUAAAUUCAUGCCCUUUCUCAUCCGAGGUGCGAAUGGGCCUGUCUGACAUGCAGCGUAAAAGUGGGAAGCUUACACAUCUACUAGUUUACAAUCUAAACAAUAGUAUUACUCGAAUUGCUUGAGUGACCGGAAACCUGAAGGGUGUCCUUACCAUGUGCCCCUUGGAGGGCCGCCCCUGCUCAUCUGGAGAGCCCCUUCCCGGAGGCCCCCCUUCCUCCUCUGAUCCCACCCUCCCCCGAAGGACAGGUCUCCCUUGGAAAAGUCCCACCCCUGGCAGCACACUGUCCUUCCCAUGGAGAGCCAGGCCUGUGUUUCUUUCUAGUGUGGGUUUGAAGGUACUGCACUUCGCUCCUGAUGACCUGACAGCUGUUGCCAUCUGAGCCCCCCACAAGCCAGCAUGGCAGGAUGUCCUGUGAGCCAUGGAGGAUAGAGAGAAGGGACACUUUAGAUAUUUAUUAUUUAUAUGUUUUAGUCAAUGACUAAUUAGUAGGUGCUGUUUUUGCAGCUUGUCAAUUAUGUUAUCUUACUAACUGAAGCUGCCUUUAUUCACACAAGGCCCCUGCUCCCCAGCCCUUCGCCUCCCUCCUCCUCUCCUCCCCAUUCCCUGGUGUCUGUCUGUCUCUCUCUCUUUCUCUCUGUGUCUGCCGCACAUUCUCCUUGUCCUCAGAGGAAAGCAGGUGUGUUAGACACCAGGAGGAGAAAGCUUCGACCAGCAUCAUCCACGGGCUAGAGUGGGGUGCCCUUGGGAACAUGGGAGCCUCGCUUUUCUGCAGGCAGGGUGUUAGCCUUAUCUAGCCCUCCAGUUUGGGGUGGGGGUGGGAUUCCUGAACCAUCCCCGCUCCUUGCCCUGGGCACAGGGACGCAACAGGCCAACUGCAGAGCUUGGGCCAUCCCGGCUUCCUCCAUUGCUGACCCUCUGUGGCCAGUCUGACCACGGGCCUCCAUGUGACGUGACAGUAUGGCAGAGGGAAACGGGCUCCUUCCAAGCCCGUGAGGAGGAGAGAUCCAUUUUAGGAACAGGGUGGGUGGUCAGACCCGGCCAGGGGAGCCCAGGAGACAGCCACCGUCAACAGUGGUUCCAGGGACCUUGGAGUGGCUUUUUUCAGAAAGCCCAUAUGAUUGCUAAAUGGAUUUACAAACUAUGGGAACCGAGAGGCCUGAGCCCCGUCCUCUCUCUGCCUCCAGCCUCUGCCUCUGGCCAGGGUCUCCCUGAGCCUGCCGAAGCUGCCCGGGGAGCCUCCUCAGCAGACCACUAAGACUCUGCAUUUUCCACGGUGUCAUGUGCAGUGGCUUUGGGGCCUCAGCCCUGGCACGUCCCUGUGCGUAGUGCGAGCCUGCAGACUCCCAGACAGAGCCCCUCCUGCACCCACUCGCAUUGCCGACUUUUGUUCAUCCUGGAACACGUGGGGAAGGGGCAGAGCUGGCUCACUCUGGGGACGAUCCCCACGUCCUCCCCGUCCCAAUCUUCGCUCCCCGCUCAACGAGUUGGGGAGGCUGAGCAGUCACACAGGGUGUUCCUUUACGACCCCGGUUUUUGGACCAGACAUUAACUUGGCAGAUGUUACCUUGGUUAAAAAAAAAAAAAAAAAAAAAAAAGAAUUCCAAACACCGCCCAGGAUGAUUGGAGAAAAGGUGACGUUUUCCCAGGGAAAAUAGUUUAACUCAUUUUUUUGACCUGCCAGAGAAGGAUUGAUUUGUUAGAGGUCUGGCAGCCUGAGGGUUUCAAAUCCAUGAGACCGUGCUGUCUGGAAACCCCGUUACAGCCUGCAGAAGCUUAGCGACUGUGGCCGCGUCACUGACUAGGUCCCGGGACGUCAGGAGGGCUUAGAGGAGACUUGGGGGUCAGUUUCGGGGGAGUAGGAAGCAUUCACUAGGCUACGGCCCUCUGUACGAUUUCCCAGACAGCCUGGUGAUGUUCAGGCAGAACAGGAGGCAGACACCUUCCCAAAUCCCACUUCCCAGGCCGUGCACGAAGCAACAGGCCUCCAGGCAGCACGGGAGCAAUUCCCAGGGCCCCGUGUUUUAACACGUUGCACCCGUUCCUCCUGUUGGAAAAAGGCCUUUCUGAUUGGAUGAGGAGUCAUUCUGACUUCAUUUCCCGGUGUUAGUUUAAUCUUUAAAAUGCAAGUGGCAUUUAGAGAGGAUGAGCAAGGCCACACGAGCCUCCCGAGAGCGGCAGAUGAUAGCUACUCCUGGCACGUGCCUGGGUCGUGUGGGUCAUGCCUCCUCCUGGUUCUCUAGUUUACGCGUGCAAGGACGACACUGGCUGGGACCUUGAUCUCUUUGCCAAGAAGAUGCAAAGUAGAGGAAAGCAGUGCCUGCUGGGUGUGGAGCGUGAGCAAAGACCCCUUUUACAACUAAGUUCACUGGGGACUCAGGACACACACUCCCCAGCAACAGCCAAGGGAGGUAUACCAGAAACAGCUGUUGGCAAAGGCCACACUCGGUGGUAGGGCUCACAAAUGCCUGUGGGGUCCAGGACGCUAACAUAGUUGGUGUAAGACGAUAGGGAGUUGUGGGAUCUGCGGUCUGCUGGCAUGCACAUGACACCUGCAAGAAGAGCAGCUGCUACUCAGCCCUGGCCUGUUGCUGCAUGUAAGAACGCAGGCACAGUGUAGCAGAAUCUGCCAGAAACCCAUAUUUUUAUAGGAAAUCUGAUUUUUAAAUGUCGGCAAUAUUUUUCUUUUUGAGUAUGGGCAGAGAACCUGUGCACGGCCAGCAACCUCUGCUCUCUGGAGAGAUGGUUUACAAUGAGGUUAGGCAUUGCCCUGGUGGAGGAGAAAAGGCCAACCUUAAGAAUGGGCAAAAAUAAUAGCUCAUGUUGAACUCUGAAGGGAACGGGAACCUCUUACUAGUCAUUCUGGGCCUAAAGAGAUGGUCCCACAGAGGAGACGUGUACCCUGAGAACAGGCUUGUUCAGCUCUCCUGGUCCCCAGACAGCUGUGCUAAAGGGAAGAUGGAACAGAAUUUGGAGACCUUGACUGCUGCCCCUUAGACAGAAGGGGGCCCACAUCUGCCUGGGUCUACACCUUCCAGAAUUCCAUCCUGUCAAGACAGAGAGAAACAGGACAGGCUCCAGGAGAAGGGAGCGGUGUGUCCAACAGCCCCGCUCUCCAGGUCCCAAGUGUUAGCAGCCGUCUUACUGCGUCUCUGGAAGCGUCUUGGGAAGCGUGCUGGGGCCGUGCGUGGUCGUGGGGUGUCCUCUCUGCUUCUGCCUCCGUUACCUUUGCCCAUGGGUCUGCCACAGGCGCUACCUCAUUGUGUCUGCUGAGAAGUUUACCUGGGUGGGAAAUAGAGGUGUCCAAAAUCUGCUAGAGCUGAAUGUACAAUCUAUGCAAAUUCUCCCUCUCUGUCUCUGUCGCUCUGUCUCUCUCUCAGAAGUAUUAUUUUUUUUACCUUGCAGACAAGAUACUGUAUCGGCCCCUCUUAAGACUGAGGAGGGCCUUCAGGCGCCACCCGUGUCUAUCCCUCACGUUGUCUUUGGUCGUGUCCUCGCCAAGCCCCAUGCAGGGAGCACGUGGCCCUCCCUCCCCCCUCCACUGGGCUGGGAAUGCUCCAGUGGCCCAGGUCCACAGACCCCAGAGGAAAGCAGGUUCUGCAUCCUGCCCCCUCCAUUCCUAACUGCAUCCUCUCCAUUCCUCAUUUGCCUCUGACUUGCUUCUCCUCCUCCGCCUCUCCCCCCAAAAAAGCCUUAGGUUCCUCCUUUUUGAAAUGUGGCCUUAAAAUUAUGUUUGGAAAGCUGACCACUCUCUCCCUCCCAUUUCCGCCAACAUCCGAGAAGAAAGAGCAUCUUGAAGCUUUCACGGCCGCCUCGGAAGUGAGGGGCUGCCAAUCUAUGUUUGCGGAAAUUGCUUAGAAAUGUCGUCUUUAAGAAAAACAUUCUUAUAUUUUCUCUUGGGGUAAAAUGAAGGCUUGGGUGCUCAUCUAAACCUCAGCCAACUCCUGAAGCACUCUCCAAGAGCAUAUUGCCGCUGUAAUGGGCUGGCUUAAUUACUGGCAGAGUGCCCCCAUCGGCUUUCCAACCUGCCCCCUCCCCGAAAGGCUUGGUGACUUGAUGUACUUCAUUCAAGGGUAAACAGGAGAGUUUCUUAGUUGAUCUUUUCAUUCUUCCUGCCUGGAAAGUGAUAGCAUUAAAUAUUCCCAGCGGCUGGGUAGUGUUCUCAAGGAGAUUUCAUGCUCCCCAUUUCCAGAGCCCACCUUUUCCCUCCCAUCGCUCCACGGCUGAUGGAGGCCAAAGACAACCCCAGGGUUUUCAUAGGAAAUUCACUGGAAUUGAGCGCAAUCGUCUUUGUAGUCCUUCCGUCUUUUUUUUUUUUUUAUAAUAUUAUUAUGUUGUCAAUAGCGUUCGUUUGGGUAUUUUUUUUAGAGGCCUCACAAUAAGUUAUUACCGUUCCCCUCAUUGUUUUUCAAAGACAUGUGGUGAUAUAGUUUUUAAAAAUAACUAUUUUGUUAUAGAUCAUAAUAUGCAUAAAACUGUACAGAAAUAUUUUGUAAUGUAUUGAUUUUAAAAAAACGAGAGAAUCUGUAAAUAAAGUUUAAAAAAAAAAGAGAAUUCAGACGGCACACACUGAAAGAUGUAGAUAUUUUGCUAUUUAUUUAAAGGAGUAUUUUAAGAGAUAUUGAACUAUCUGAAAUUGACCAGUAAUCAAAAUUCCAAUCAUCUGGAUGCUUUUCCUCGCGGUAGAAUGUGAUUCUCGGAAACAAUUGCACUACCCGCCCAUUUUUGCACCUGUUCUGUCUUUUCAUUUAGCAGAAAAACAACAACAAAAUUGUGCCUUAGCUGUAUUUUUUUUGUCUAGGGGAGUUUGUUUCUGUCUGACAAAGCAAAAUUUUUUGCAGAAAACAGUGGAUGUAUUAAAUACUGUAUCAUACCAAAAACACUGCAGGUGUAUAUAGAUGCUUUCUGUCAUACUGUGUUUUCAGAUGCAGAAUUUUAAAAUAAAAAAAAAAGUACUGUCUUUA